AUGUUUACACUUCUCUUUGCGAUAACAGCAGUCUUCGCAGAAGACUGUUUCAAAUGUGAAAAAGAUGGACUAUACUGUGUGAAAGAUGGGAAGCACGACGAAGAGUACUACGAAUGCUCCAAAACGUUUAAAGGGUACAGACCAUGUGCUCCUGGGACUAAAUGUACAGCUUCUGAGCGAGUGGAUUAUGGCUAUAAUCCAUGCACUACAGGUGAAGAGUCACAUUCUAAAACAGAGGAGUCCAAGUCAAAAGAUAAGUCUAAAGAGCCAACAACACCUUCAGUAGAUAAAUCAGAAGACAAUAUCUGCAAAGGGAAGAAUGGGUAUUAUUGUGUGAAAGGUGAAGAACACAAAUACUUGUGGUGUACUGAUACAUACAAAGGAUAUAUGAACUGUCCUAAAGGAACACAUUGUGGAUAUGAUGGUAAAGCACCUGAUAAUCAAUCUCCUUGUGUCUUAAAUGAAGAGUCCAAUAAGAAGUCAGAAGAGAAGAGUACUUCAAAAUCGUCUGAGAAGUCGAAAGAACAUUCACAAUCAAAAUCAAGGGAACCAGAAACUCCAUCAGUAGAGAGCCCUUCAGAAGAUGAUAUUUGUAAAGGAAAAGAGGGGUUCUACUGUCUUGAAGGUAACAAAUACAUCCAUAAGUACUUGUGGUGUACUGACACCUUUAAAGGUAUAAUGGAUUGCCCAAAAGGAACUAAAUGUGGAUAUGAUGGAAAAGCACCUGAUAAUCAAUCUCCUUGUGUAUUGGAUGAAAACUCCAUACAAAAGUCAACUGAAAAGUCUAAGGAACCAGAAACUCCAUCAGUAGAGAGCCCUUCAGAAGAUGACAUCUGCAAAGGAAAGAAUGGAUUGUAUUGUGUAGAUGACGGUAAACACAUCCAUGAAUUCUUGGUGUGUACUAAAGACUAUAAAGGAUACAUGGAAUGCCCAAAGAACACACAAUGUGGGUAUGAUGGUAAAAUACCAUGUGACGAAUCUCCUUGCAUUUACCCACCACAUUCAACAGAGUCAACUUCAAAAUCAAUUGUUACACCUUCAGUAGAUAAAUCAGAAGACGACAUCUGUAAGGACAAAGAUGGGUAUUAUUGUGUGAAAGGUGAAGAACAUAAAUACUUGUGGUGUACUGAUACAUAUAAAGGAUACAUGAACUGUUCGAAAGGAACACACUGUGGAUAUGAUGGAAAGGUUCCUGAUAAUGAAUCGCCUUGUGUAUUAGAUACUGAAUCAUAUUCAAAAGAAAAAAGUAAAUCAUCUGAUAUUUGUGAAAAAGAUGGGUACAUGUGUAUUAUGGAUGGAACACAUGAUAAGUAUUAUUAUGUGUGUUCUAAUUCAUAUGAAGGAUUUUUACCAUGCCCAAAGGGUGAAAGAUGUAAUGGAAAGAAGUAUAUGAAUUUCAGUGAAAAUCCAUGUGAAGUUUAUGACACUAAUUGUGAUUCAACAAGUGAAAAUUCAGGUUCAUGUGAAGAAAAAUCUUCGAAUGAAAAAAGUGAAUCAGUUGUAACUCCAUCAGUAGAAAAAUCAAAAGAAGAGUCAUCAACUGAAAAGAGUCAAUCAAAAGAACACUCUGAAAGCAAAUCAAAAGAACACUCUGAAAGCAAAUCAAAAGAAGAGUCAUCAACUGAAAAGAGUCAAUCAAAAGAACACUCUGAAAGCAAAUCAAAAGAAGAGUCAUCAACUGAAAAGAGUCAAUCAAAAGAACACUCUGAAAGCAAAUCAAAGGAACACUCUGAAAGCAAAUCAAAAGAAGAGUCAUCAACUGAAAAGAGUCAAUCAAAAGAACACUCUGAAAGCAAAUCAAAAGAACACUCUGAAAGCAAAUCAAAGGAACACUCUGAAAGCAAAUCAAAAGAAGAGUCAUCAACUGAAAAGAGUCAAUCAAAAGAACACUCUGAAAGCAAAUCAAAAGAACACUCUGAAAGCAAAUCAAAAGAAGAGUCAUCAACUGAAAAGAGUCAAUCAAAGGAACACUCUGAAAGCAAAUCAAAGGAACACUCUGAAAGCAAAUCAAAAGAAGAGUCAUCAACUGAAAAGAGUCAAUCAAAAGAACACUCUGAAAGCAAAUCAAAAGAACACUCUGAAGCAAAUCAAAAGAAGAGUCAUCAACUGAAAAGAGUCAAUCAAAAGAACACUCUGAAAGCAAAUCAAAAGAAGAGUCAUCAACUGAAAAGAGUCAAUCAAAAGAACACUCUGAAAGCAAAUCAAAAGAAGAGUCAUCAACUGAAAAGAGUCAAUCAAAAGAACACUCUGAAAGCAAAUCAAAAGAACACUCUGAAAGCAAAUCAAAGGAACACUCUGAAAGCAAAUCAAAAGAAGAGUCAUCAACUGAAAAGAGUCAAUCAAAAGAACACUCUGAAAGCAAAUCAAAGGAACACUCUGAAAGCAAAUCAAAAGAAGAGUCAUCAACUGAAAAGAGUCAAUCAAAAGAACACUCUGAAAGCAAAUCAAAAGAAGAGUCAUCAACUGAAAAGAGUCAAUCAAAAGAACACUCUGAAAGCAAAUCAAAAGAACACUCUGAAAGCAAAUCAAAAGAAGAGUCAUCAACUGAAAAGAGUCAAUCAAAAGAACACUCUGAAAGCAAAUCAAAAGAAGAGUCAUCAACUGAAAAGAGUCAAUCAAAAGAACACUCUGAAAGCAAAUCAAAGGAACACUCUGAAAGCAAAUCAAAAGAAGAGUCAUCAACUGAAAAGAGUCAAUCAAAAGAACACUCUGAAAGCAAAUCAAAAGAAGAGUCAUCAACUGAAAAGAGUCAAUCAAAAGAACACUCUGAAAGCAAAUCAAAAGAACACUCUGAAAGCAAAUCAAAGGAACAUUCGGAUUCUGAUGAAUGUCAUUGUCACCCACAUUGCCCACACCACCAUAAAUGUGAAGAAGGUAAAUACUAUUGUGUCAUUGAUGGUUUCCAUAAUGCUCAAUAUGUCAAAUGCCACAAUGGCCAUCGUGAGUACAAGCAUUGUCCUUCUUUCUUGUUCUGUCAGGGCGAGAAAAAAGAUGGUUAUGACCAUAUACCUUGCAACUGGCUUUGUGAAACCGAUUGGUUUAGAAAACACUAAUUUUAAUAAUUAA